UGUGCAGGGCACGGUGCGGGCACGGUCCCACCGCCGAGCAUCCCGCGGGUCCCGGCCACCCCCGUGCCAGCCCCCCGGACCCAUCGGUGACACGAACCGAGCGUUCUCUGCGCGGGGUCAGCGCUUCAGCCACUCCCGGAUGCGGAUGCCCCCAGCCCCUCCUGCUCGCCCAGCCUUGCCCAAACUGGUGGGACUGGUCCUGGCUGUCGCAGGUGUCUGUGGAGCCCCGCUGCGUGUCCCCCAGGGCUGCUCUCAUCACCCAGCUCGGCUGGCAGAGGUUUUAACGGGGCCGUGCACCUGCCGCUUCCUCGCCCGAAUCUUGGGGUUCCCUCGGUGCCGGGAGCCUCGGAGCUCCGGCUGGGCAGAGGUCGCUGGAAGCGGCUCCAGCCCCACGGGAGGGGACGAUGACCCGGCGCCCGUCGCGGUCCCUCCCUCGUUGGUGGCUUUGGCAAUCUGCAGCCAUGAGUCAGGGCCAGGCUGUUAUCUUGAGGCUCCAGGGUGGCACCUGAGUGGCGUCGGCGACCUGGGAAUGGGGACAUCGGCUCGUGACGCAGGCGGGGAGGGCCGGGGGUGUCUGGCCAGGCUGACGAACGUGUCCCCCUCCCACCACCUGCCCGGGCUUGCCUGGACAUGCUGGGACUUGCCUGGCAGUGAGGUCACCCCUGUCUGUGUGCUCACACUGCCCGGAGAUAGGAAGCUGGAUUUCUAUUUUUACUCGGGGUGCUGGGUCUGAGCGCGGGGUGGCCACGGGGGCUGAAUGUGGCCCCCCAGCCCCGGGCUGGGCACUCCCCAGCUCCCCACUGGCACACUGAGCUGGUGACAUGCCUGGUAAUAGGAUCAUUGAAUCAUUAGGGUUGGAAAGAUCUCCAUGAUCCUCGAGUCCAAAAAUCUGACCGACCCUCGCCCUGUCAGCUGGACCAGAGCUCUGAGUGCCGCAUUCAGUUGUUUCUUGCACACUUCAGGGGUGGAAUGUGGGGAAGACAAUGUGGCACAGGCAAUCCAGAGGGGCUGCAGGUGCUGAGUUUGGGGAGAAAUUUUCCCUGGAGGAGGCUGAGAACUCAUUUCUUGGGGAAAUUUGGGGUUGGGGAGGAUCUUUUGUGGCCUGGCUUUGAGAGUCCCAGAUUAGGUGGGAAAUUGGAGCUAUGAAUCUUCCUUUUUUAAGCUGAUUCAGUGAGUGUGGCUGUUGCAGCAGGGGCAAGCCUUAGCUCUGAAAACUCAAAUCCCAGAGCAGUGCUGCCUCUUAUCAGCUGGACUCGAUGAUCUUGUAGGUGUUUUCCAACCUUAACAAUUCUGAUUCUAUGUCCAGCUUCCUCAUAAGUGGGGUGUAGUGAGGGGCCCAUUAUCCCCACACGUGUGUCAGGGGAAGCUCUGCUCGGAUGGAAAGGCUUUGUCACUUUCUGGGAAGGUCAAGGCUUUCGGCACCGAUUUGAAAAAAAAACAAACAAGGUCUUGUUUCUGGUUACCCAACAGCUCCUUGCAGAUAAGGAGGGUGGUUAACAAAGUGGUCAAGCUUGUGGCACGUUCUUGCAGCUGCUUGAAGGUUUCCUUACCACUGGGUCUGAGUUCUUGAGAUGAAGAAACUGGCCAGAAAAACAUCCUGUUGCUUCACUUGCCCGUGUGCUAACUUGCCCUUGCCUGCAUGGAGGUGGGGAUGAGCAGGUUGGGCAGUGUCUGGGGACUGGGGGAGCAUCAUCUGCUGUGGCUCUGAGGCUGGCACCCCCAGGGCUGUCGUGGGUGGAGCAGUGAGGUGCUGGAUGCUCUGACCUGGCAGGGCUUUGCCUGCUGCAGGGGGAGUAGGGAACGUUGACAUCUGCACCUUCCCCACCCUCCUGUCUCGCGCUGGGCUGUGUCUGACCUCAGCCAUGCUCCAGCCUUUGCUAAAAUCUCCAAAGUCAGACUCCAGAUGUGUCAGUCCCCUCUGGGCUGCCUCAGUGCAGACCCAGCCCAGCUGGUCCCACCUUGGCUGCCUUGCUUUGCCCUGGUGGCCAGCGCUCCCCUGUGUUUGCUGCUGUCACCCCAGCCCCAUAACUCGCUCUGCUUUCCCCGCAGCCGCCACGAUGCCGCUGUCCCAGAGCAGGGCUGGGCAGAGCCCCUGCAGCACCAAAGCCUGCAGGAACCUCUUUGGCCCUGUGGACCACGAGCAGCUCCAGCAGGACUUUGAGGACCAGAUGAAACAACAGCUGGAAGAAGCUCAGCAGCGCUGGAACUUCAACUUUGAGACAGAGACUCCCCUGGAAGGGCCCUUCAAGUGGGAGAGGAUGCUGGUGGCUGAGCAGCCGCCCCAGCAGGUUCACAGCCUGGUCAGGGCUGUCAUCAGCAGUGACAGCAGGAGCUCCCUGGCCACCAGGGUCCCCCCCAAGGAGCGUGUUGGCAGGAUUUGCCCCGAGGAGGCUCAGCAGAGCUCGAAGGUUUGCAGGGCUGGGUCCCUGCAGAAACGUGGGCAGACCACAAUCAAAGACUUCUACAGUGCCAAGAGGAGGAUUGUCCCUGCCCGGCCCCGGCCGUGACGCGCUGGGGCAGCCGCUGCCACCAGGAGCGUGGCUCCCCACCCUGAGCUCCGUGUAGCAAUGUAGAUCUGUAGUUUCCUAUUUAUGAGUUGCUCUGGGGUCCUGAGGGACCUCCACUGUGUGCAAUGUAGAGGAGGAGCCCCACGGUGGGGCUGAAGGAGGACUGAGAUGGACCUGGUGGGAUGAAGGCACUGCCCUGCCUGCAGAAAAGCGCCCCGUGCCUGUGGGUCCAGGCACCGUCCUUGUGCUGUCCUGCUGUCCUGCCGUGGUCUGUCCCCUGCCUAGGGGCUGGUCCCGGGGGACACUUGUGUCCCAGCCACCUGGUGGCACCAGAUAUCUUUAAGAAAUGUCACUGGUGUGGGUUGUAGAGCCCUGGGACAGCCCUGCUGCCGGCACAGGGGUGCCCUCUGUCCCAGCAGGAUGGACUGAGCACUUGUCCGUGUGUGGGAGCAGAGAGAUGUGGAGGCUGCUCCUUCCCACGGCUCUGGGCAGAGGAAGCUGUUCCCGGGACAAACCUUCCCUGGGAGCAGCCAUGGGGGACCAACAGUGCCCCCGGGAGGCUUUGGGAUCCCCUGCACUCUGCUGGCCCCAAAUCCCAUUUUCUCUCCUUGCUGUUGGCUUGUUGAGAGGUACUGCUUGCCCCCAUGCCCCUGCCUGCCCCGACACUGACCAGGCUGGGGAGCCCCUGCUCUGGCUCUGCUGGGCUCCUCUAGGAAGAAGUUCUUCUCAGCAGCAUGGAUGAUGCUGAAAUAAGGAAUUGUAGCUUGUUUUCCUGGACUCUUUCUCCUUUGGGGCUGGCCAGGAGAGGACCCUCACCUGGCUCUGCUCUGGGACCAAGGAUGGCCUGGAGCAGAGGCUGCUCAGUUCCAGCACUGAAGGAUGAGUCCCUGAGGGACUCAACACUGUCAGAUCUUGGCACUUUCAUGGAGUUCAUCUGCUGCUCUGCUGGAUUUGGACUCUGGAAACUGGUGCAAGAUGGUCCCAGGAAGAAAAGGGACAGGGUUCAUCUCCCACCUUGCACCACCAUGCACUUUGCUGUGGGUGAAGCUUCCAAGCUCCCAGCACUAAAUGUUUAUUUAUAUUUAAAAUAAUGCUAUGAAGUUAUGUGGGGAAAGACCUCUUUGUCUGUACGUGUUAACUCUGAAUAAACAGCUGUGCAAAGGCA